AUGCAAAGUAUCACGAGCAACGAAGACGACGCGCGUCUCUUGAAGAAAACCGGCAAGGUCCGCGCACUGUCGACGGAGCGCAGCCGCCAAUGCCGCGAACGACAGAAACUGUACUCAGAGAAUCUGCAGGCGGUCGUACGUGCACUGCGUACGGAGGUGUGCGACCUUGAGAUCCUGCGUAACUUGCGCAACGAACAAUGUCUACAGUUACGCGGCUCCGUCUCCGGAUCACUCGCCAAGAUCGUGCGUGAGUACAUGACCGUAUUCAGGCACGGCAUGCCCGCGGCGACCGUGGAAGCCGCUAUCGCCGGAAAGAAAAGGGCACUCGCUGUGGCCUACCAGCCCACCCCCGAUGCGCAGUGUGAGUUUCUCAACUGUAUCAUGGACCAGUACGUUGAGGUUUUCGACUGGUGCGGCCGCUUUGUGCUGGGCGCGAGUACGCUACUCAACGGCUGGACGGCUUGGGCUGCGUGGCACGACUCGCUCAGCUUUGAGCUCGUGGACAUCGGUGUCGUGGAUACAGAGGACACUUUAGCUGUGACCACCAAGGCGAAUCUUCGGGUACGCGUUUCGCAGAAGACCAUCGAGCAGCUGUUCCCGCACGUUUUGGGCAAUCAGCUCCUGUGCAACAAGUUGCUUGGCCAAGAGAUCUGCUACCCGAUUCGCGACACUUUCUUCUUCGCCUCCAAUAAAAGGAUCAUCAAGUACAUGUGCGAUCUCGACUUAACGAACGCGCUGCUACCGAUUGCAGGGGACUACGAGACUGUGCUCUAUCUCAUGUCGCCUCCCAACCAGGCGUCACUCAACGAUCUCGCCGUGCGAACGUCGCCUGGAGACCUGGCUGAGAACUCACUUGACGUUGAGUUCCUGCUGUCCGAGGACGACAGCGCGAUCGACUUAUAG